AUGAUGUUUCACAGCUCAACCAUGUUUGAAAUGUUGGUAAAGCCUGAUCACGUGAUACAUUUGAAGAAGUGGUAUAAAGUCUUGAACAUUAGAGAAGAAAUCAUUUGCCAGGAUUACUGUGAAUCGAGCCAUCAGACCAAUCAUCGCAGCUUGUUCAUCGCACGAUUGUCCUGUGUAACAGCUUGGAUUCUGGCUUCAAUUCUCAGUCUGCCUUUUAUGAUGUUAAGAGAGACUUACAUAGAAAAUAAUAAAACACAGUGCCGGCCUUAUCAACAUAAUAAAGAAAAUUCUGAAUUGUAUAGAAGUUUUAGCAUCAUCAGAUUUGUGUUUGGCUUUUUGGUUCCUCUCAUAUGCAUCACAACAUGUUACGGAUUAAUCGCACACAAGUUAGGCAGGAGUCAUUUUCACUCUGGACGAGCAUUUCGUAUCAUGUUGGCUGUAAUCGUGGCCUUUUUCCUGUGCUGGUUGCCCUAUCACAUAGUUGAUUUGAUAAUAAUGUACGGAGAGGAAUCAAGUCACUCAGUGGGUUUGGAAGUGUAUCCGUUCUCCGUCUCUUUUGCGUAUUUCAACAGCUGUCUUAACCCCAUUCUGUAUGUUUUCAUGGGGCAGGAUUUUAAGAGCAAUGUUAAACUUUCUCUAAGACGUGUUUUUGAAAGAGUUUUCUCUGAGGAGGGAACACCAAUAUCACAGACCACCCACUCACAGCAAAUGCAUUCGCUGUAG